AUGGACGAGAGCCUGGAUGCGCCCGCAUGGAAGGAGGUAAUCAGCCAGCUUGCCAAGUACGCCAUGUUCGUCGUCACCGAGCAAGAUCCGUGCUGA